AUGUCGGCUGUUGAUGGCGGAGUGCCUCACGCAACGGCCACGAUGUCGAUUCAGGAGAGUUUGGAGGAGCGUCUCUGCCUUCCUUUGCAGACGCCCCUCAUUCGUGGUCCGCCGAGGUUGCGCAGGCCUCGAACGCCGGCCCCUGUUACGUCGCUGCGGCGCAGUGACCGCAUUGCUACCAAGCCGCGCGAGGCAGACUCCACCAAGCAGGCUCAGUGUAUUCUCAUGCAUAAACUGGGAAUGGUGGCACCAUCGUCCAAUGUCGUCUCUGAGACGGUGUGCAAGUACAAGGCUACCUUCAGGGCACCGCUGUCUGACUCCACCUAG